GGGCGCGAGUCGCCGCCCCGGCCCCGCAGCCGCCCCGCGGCAGCCGCCGCCGCGCAGAUCCGAGCAGUCCCUGGGGACGAUGGCUCUCUCAGCCAAGGCGCCCGGGGGCCUGGCAGGCUCUGACGUAGAGCCACAGAAAGACAGAGUGGUGACCGAGGAGGAAUGGCUGCGCAAAUGGGAGAUGGGAAACACUGGGUUUCACAAGGAGCAAGGCCAUCCGCUCUUCCAGAAGUACCUGGAUGCUCUUCUAAACGGCAGAAAUGGACUGAGGAUAUUUUUCCCACUCUGUGGUAAAGCCCUAGAGAUGAAAUGGCUGGCAGACAUGGGACACAGCGUCGUUGGUGUGGAAGUCAGCGAGCAAGCGCUGAAGGAAUUUUUCACAGAACACAGUCUGCCCUACUGUGAGGAGCUAGUCCCAGAGAUUCCAGGAGCAAAAAUGUUUCAGAGUACCUCUGGGAACAUUUCCCUGUACUGCUGCAGUAUUUACCAUUUGUCCAGCUCAGUAGUUGGCAAGUUUGAUGGGGUUUGGGACAGAGGAGCUCUAGUAGCCGUGAAUCCAAGCGACAGACAGCGCUAUGUCAGUUUGAUGAUCACCCUAAUGGAGAAAAAUGCUUCUUAUCUCCUCGUCACGGUUUCAUACGAUCCCAGCAAACACAAAGGCCCACCUUUUUAUGUUCCUGAAUCUGAAAUUAAAAGCUUGUUUGGGAGAGGACUCCUCACACUCUAACCCUGCUGCAGCGUGGGGUCCCUCCCACAGGACACAGCCCUCCAGGAACCUCCCUGACGUGACUCCUUCCCACGAGCUGCAGCUCCUCAGGAACUGCUCCAAUACAGGUCCCUUCUGUAGGCUGCAGUCCUUCAGAAGGAGACUGCUCCAGCACAGCCUUCCCACAGAUUCACAGCCUUUGGGAGCAGCCACCCUCUCUGGCGUGGGGCCCUCCACGAGCUGAGGGCAGAUCUCAGCUUCACCGUUACCCUCCACAGGUUGCAGGGUGACAGCUACCAUCUCGCCACGGGAUGCAGGGAAGUCUCUGCUGCAGCACAGCCCCUCCUCUCCUCCCUCACUGACCUUGCGGUCUGCAUGGUGGCUUCUCUCUCAUCCCACUUACUCCUUCUGCUGCAGGUUUUCCUUUCUUAAAUACACCAUUGCAGAGGUUCCCAUUUGGCCCAGCCUUGGCCAGAGCUGGGUCUGACUUGCAGCUCAGGAAGCUUCUAGCAGCUUCUCACAGGAGCCACCACUGCAGCGUCUCCCCUGCUACCAAAAACCCCACCACACAAAC